AUUUACGUGGCAAGCUUGACGUUCGUUGUAUUUUCUCGUAGAUCUACGGAAAUACGUUCUGAAAUCAGUAUUCGCUUCGAUUUUGCCAUAUUUCAGACAUCAAGAUGGGUCUUUGCAAGUGUCCCAAAAGGAAAGUCACCAAUCUUUUCUGUUUUGAACACCGAGUCAACGUUUGUGAACACUGUAUGGUCGCAAAUCAUUCGAAGUGUAUUGUGAAGUCCUAUCUGCAAUGGCUGCAAGACAGUGAUUACAACACAAAGUGUUCAUUGUGCAAGAAUGAACUGGCAGAAGGAGAUGUGGUCAGAUUGUUGUGUUAUGAUGUCUUUCACUGGGAGUGCGUGGAUGCUUACGCCAGGAACUUCCCACCCAACACUGCACCGGCGGGCUACACAUGCCCGUCCUGUAACACCAGCAUCUUCCCCAGCUCCAACAUGAUCUCUCCUGUAGCAGAGACUCUGAGGAAGUACCUAGCAUCGGUCAACUGGGCUAGAGCAGGCUUGGGGCUCUCAUUAAUUGAAGAACCCAGGAAAGACAUCCAAGCCCCUACACAAUACUCAGCACCAUCAACUCAGUCAUUUGACUCCAUGCCUACAACCUCGCCAACUGCAAUAGCCGUGGUCUCUCCCCAGCAAGCUACACCUACUCCAGUCACAAGAGGGAGCUAUGGUCAGACGACAAGGCCGCAGCCUAGGCAACCAGCAGCUUUAGGGGUUGGAACGACCGGGGCAGCGGCUGCGGAAAACGCAGGACCACACACAAGAUCAGACAAGCAGUUUGCAAGUGGAGGAGCUGACCACAGAGUGUAUGAUGCAAGGAAAGAUGAGAUGAUCGUGGACAUCGUUCAAGAUCAUGACAAAGACAAGUACAAGAGAAGGAGUGCACUUCAUUGGUUUGCCAGAUGGUUCAAAUCAAGAACAAGUAGCAGGAAACCAGUCGACUCUAACUCCCAGAUCAAGAGGAUAGCUGUGCUGCUCUUCAUCUGUCUCCUUGCCUUCUUCACAUUCAUCAUCAUCAUGACCUCUGUGGGCAGGGCAUCGGCGAACUCUGACCCUCUGCUUGAUCCCCUCAACAACCCCAACAUCAGGAUCGGGAGAAGGAUUUAAGAAGGAGAUCGGACAAAUACUAAAGAACAAUGAGAGAAAAAGACUCUAGGGAGGUCACAUUGAAGGAUCAACCUGAAUUCUGUGGAAGCUGUUUCUGUUGGGGCUGUGACCAAUGUGUAAAUUGUGUUUAUUUUAUUUUUGAUAUAUAUAACAGUUAUAUCCUAGCUUUGAGCUUCAGCACCAACAUGAUUACGAGCUAGUGGGCCAGUGCAGUCGUGUACAGAUUUAAAUGUGUGAAAUGAGAGGCCUAUGACAUUUAUGUAUCAUGAUUUAGUCCGUUGUGAUGAAGACGUCAUGCAUUUGCUUUGGCUGAUGAGCAAAGUCAAAAUGUAGAGAUGCAAUGACGACAGAGUAAGGCAAAUUGGCCAUCCAUUCCAGGAGUCCAGGGCAGCAAGUCAAGGAAAGGAUGGACAUUGAGAAUUGACAGAGACACUCGUACUCAUCAGCUGAUAGUAGCUUAUGGCUUAGUUGUCAUAUUAGUAUUUGUCUGUAGCUUUAUGACCAGUAAAAACAGUGGAAUAUUUGCAUUUUGUAUGUAUGAAACAUCUCAUUUCAGCGCAAAUGUUACUCGGUGUAAAUAUAUCUUUAUGCUUGUAAAGUGUGCAUGGAAUAAUGCCUGCAUGCUGUACCUUAUAUGAAGAGUUGCUCACUGCAUACCAGUAGGUUUGUUCAAUGAAAAUACGACUAGAAGUGCAAUGACCUGGUAGUAGAGAGCAGUGUUCUCGUAACGUGGAGGCUCUGUAUUUGAUACCAAGUCGAUCCACCACUGCCUGUUGGUGUGGCAUUUAUCCUCAAUUACCAAGUCCCUCUGAUAGGGCUCAAAGCCAUGUUCCAUUGAUACCUUAUCAACAAACAUAUACUUUCUUUCUGCGCAGUUGUGUCUUGAUUAAUUGAUCAUCUGUUAAUGGUCAAUUAAUCAAAGCAUUAAUUCCUUAAUGACACAGUGAAGUCAGAGAACAUUGUCAAAUACAUCUGUAUUUACAUUAAGAUGUAGAUCGUCAUUUGUUUUUCAUAUGAAUGAUCAGUCAACCGAAAAGGAUACAUGCUGUAUGCAGCACCAAUAUCAUUAUUGAACUUGGUAAAAAGAAUAAAGAUGUUUUUUUUUAAAGACAUGUCAAUAAAUCAUAUACGUUUAUCAAACAUAUUUAUUAUAAGUUUUACAUUCAUCAAUUUUUGUCAGUGGUUGACUAUUUGUGUUUACGUGUCUGUUUGGUUGAUGAAAUAAAUAUUUGUAUGAACUAUCAAGAUUCCUAUCAUAUGAUUCUAUUGAAAAGGCAUAAAGUAUUGGGGGUGAUUUGAUAUUUUGAGUAUUUUGAUAUUUGUUGUCACAUAAUUGUAGCUUUCUUAUAAGAAAGAAAUUCUUUAAGAGGAUGGCAAAGAUUGAUAUCCAAGUAUCUUUAGUGUUCUCUUCGUUUGCUUAAUUUAAAAUUUAUAUGUGUUUAUUGUUACAUUAAACAAUAUGAAGUGAUUGCAUUUAUUUUGCAAUCCCCCCCCCCCCCCCCCCAUCCCGGCCAAAUGGCAGGCUUAAUACUAUUGCAAUAGUCUGGAUUUGUAUAGCACCAAUACAUUUACAAUGUUUCUACCGGUAAGCGCUUUACGGAUAAAUGUAUCUUAUUACGUCGGUCAUCGGAUUCAGGCUUGCCUGCACAAAAUGUAUGCACCUUCUUCACUCUUUGGGGAGCAUUCCAGCCAGGCCCCUUUUUUCAGACCCUAACAAACAACAAUGACCUCUGCAUCCUGCCGGGUACUUGUUAAACCCCUGGGUGGAGAGGAGCAAUAUGGAUGAAAUACCUUGCUCAAGGACAUAAGUGCUGUGCUGGGGGGUUGAACCCACGACCUUUACAUCUCCUGUCAAGUGUUUAAACCACCCUUCUAGGACACCUCUUUUAGUUUACUGGCUAGAAUGUGGUUUAGAAAGCGUUUUUAUUUGUAGUACGUUUAUGUUAGUUAUGGAUUUCUAAAAUUACAUGGAGAAAGGUCAUUGACUCAUUCAAGAGAUUCCAAAUAUCUUAUAUUACCAAAUCCUUUUUGAAUACAGGUAGGUUAGUUUAAGGUUUUUAUCAUCUGUACAUUGUCGAUGGGAUUAGAGAUGGGGUUUAUAUUAAAUAGAAACUAUGAAAUAAUACAUGCUUUAAAAGUACUGGUGAGAAUCAUUUCAUUAUUUAUUAUUUGAGAAAGAAUUAUUCUUAUCGUAUAUCUAGAUUUGCAGAGUCUAAUUCUUUUGCAAUUCUUCCUCCACCCCUCCCCCCAAAACAUGUAAAACGAUAAAAUAAAAUGAGAUCCUGUCAAUUUUAUUAUAUGUUACUUUCAGCCGCUACCUUCAAAAUAUUUCAUGUUCCAUUUAGUGAUCUUUGAUAAUCAUAGCAUAAUGUUAAAUCUUUAAUUUCUAUACUUGCCAGUUAUCGUUUGCAUAAACAUGCUGUGUUGUCAUGAUACUAUUUUGGUUCAUUUUGACUCAGUAGUGGCCAAUUCUAAAAAAUGUAGAGAUGAUAAUUUAUAAAUCCAAGUGUUCAUAGACAGAUAUUGUAGUUGUUCAGGAUUUAUUUGUUUGGUUAUUCAGACGAUGGUAAAGGUUAUACAUUGAUUUACAGUACUGGAACAAGUUAACCCUGUUGUAAGAAAUAAGGGAGCACAUAUGGGACAAGGUAUUUUAAUCAUAAUACACCAGAAAUAUCCACAUAGAAUUUUAUACCAAAUUUCAUUUAUGUGUGAUUCUUAAUAACGGGUAUGAAUUUUGUGAGCUUCAAUAAGACAUAUACAUUUCAUCACUUCCAUUAGUCAAGGAAAUGCAAUGCAUGGUCACACUUUUUUGUUUGUACAUUCCUAUAAAGCGGGAACUGUUCGUAAGAAGGAUAACAUUAUUCCAUUAUUUAUAUAAGGCUCAUUUACAGUGGUCCAAUAAUCGCAAUUGUAUCAUGGCCGUUGCUUGGUGUCUACACCUUUUGUUCUGUCUACUUCAUCUGCAACAUCGAGAAAUUGUAAAAUCUUGAUAUUUGGACCAUAGAGUGAAUGGGCAUAAUGUGUGAAGCUGUACAAAGUGAAAAAAUAGCCUGCUGUGCAAUUGCAUGACUUGUUAUAUUGAACCCUGAACGUGUACGAAGUUAUAUAAUGUGAAAUUUUCUAAAAGAAAAUAUUGAUACUUGUUUUCAAAUAUUUGAAUAAAGACGCUUAAAUAUGAA